AUGCAUCUCAACUCAACUCUUCUCAAGAUGCCUGCCCCCGAAGAUGCAAGGCACGCUAAAGUGCCUGCCCUUAGUUCUGCGAGUCGGGUAGCUAGUACAGUCUCUUCCCUUGCUCGACUGUCCAAAGGACCGAUCAACGAUUUAAUCUAUCUUGUGGCGCAUUCCCACGAUGUAGAGUCCUUUGCCAAGUGGUAUAGCCGAGUUGACGAUAUACCCCCUUCUGUUGUUCAGGGAUACACCCUUUUCUCAAAUUCAUGCAAGCGGUCCACCUCAUAG